AUGGCCGAAGACCCCUCCGCCGCCUGGCCCAUCGCCGAUGAGAGCCUGACCCAGAGCCUGCUCGAUCUCGUCCAACAGGCCGGACACUACCGCCAGCUGAAGAAGGGCGCCAACGAAGCCACCAAGUCUCUCAACCGCGGAACGUCCGAGAUCGUCGUGCUCGCUGCCGACGCCAACCCGCUGGCCAUUAUCCUCCACCUGCCGCUUCUCGCCGAGGACAAGAACGUGCCCUACGUCUACGUCCCCAGCAAGAUGGCCCUGGGCCGUGCCACCGGUGUCUCGCGCCCCGUGAUUGCCACCAGCAUCACCACCAACGAGGCCAGUGACCUCACUGCCCAGAUCCGGUCUAUCAAGAACCAGGUCGAGCGCCUCAUGAUCUAA